GGCUUAACCGUUAUGUUCCCUUCAAGUACCAUAUACCCACUUUUCGUCUCAUCUACUUUGAAUUUUGGUAUGCUAAUUAAUAGAAAAUAAUCAAUCAUUCUUUUUCAUCAUUCAUUUAUACCUUACGAUCUCUCUUGAAGCAUUGUAUACAUAUCUAAUUGUUCCAAACUUUGGAAUUACAUUAGCAUUGCUUGGUAUUGUUCAAGCUGUUUACUCUUAUUCUCCGUUUCUAAUUAUUUGUUUGUUCCAUUUCGCUUCUUGCAUUUGCAUACGUUCUUUGAAAAAAAUCCAUUUCGUCGUUCAGGACUAACGAUUUUAUAUUUAUUUAAUUUUCUCAUGAUUUUGGAGUCUUUUCUUUAAUACCUUCAUACUCCUUCUUUUAGAUUAUCUUUGGCGUUCUUUUUUAAUUCUUUCUCAUGGUAGAUAUAAGCAGCCGCUAUGAACUCUUAAUGUCGGUAAUGGGCCCUCCGAACAGCAAACCAUCACAGACAGAUUCUCAAAAAUCGCCAGCAGAAAUUCACCCUGUCGUGAUCACACCAUCUAGUUCGUUUGAAUGUAUCCAGUCCAUAAAGCCCAACCUCUCUUUGCCUUAUCAAGCCACUUCUGCUUCUAAUGAUUUCACGAAUAGUACAAUACCACCCAUUUCUGACUCUUCUUGUGAAGCUUCCAGUGAAUUAUCACCGUUGUCGUCGUAUUCAUCGUCUCGUUCUCCCUCGCCUAGUUCUGGUGAAUCAUUAGCAAGUCAUUCCUCAAGGACAUCGAAGACCUUUGAAAAAAGUAUUCCGUAUAAGGUGAAUGGGUCCACUGAAAAAUCUCCGCUGGUUGAGCAAUUCAUAGCAUUUGUUAGCUGUAAAGAUGCUCAAAGGGGAACAAUUUUAAGUGAAUUUCUCAUUUCAUAUUUGAAUGGCUUAUCUGUGCGAUGUCUAACGGAUGUGGAGUUGGAUAAGACGCGCCACAUCCUCUACAAUUGGUGGUCUUUCCUUAUUCGAUUGUUGGAAACAACUCAAGUUGCAAUAUCUGAAAGACUCGUUUAUAUCAAGUCGAUAGUCAUCAUUGCUGAGCAUUCCUGUUGGAAAGGGAUCGAAAAUUCCGAGUUACUAAAUAUGGAGUAUCAAUUAAUUUUGUUCGAUACCCUUUCUUUUGUAUUACAUCUUCUUUCGCAGAAGGUGUUACCACACACAUUGGUAAACUUCUGUGCUAAAAUAUUGGUUCUUUCUUUUUUUAAACUGGAAAACUUUGCAACUCAUUUUCUCAUUGCACUCGAAAUAGAUAAAAAAUUUAUUAAAUACUUUUCAUCUAAGCUUAAGAGAAAUGAAAAAGACCUUCCCGAAAAAUACAUGUCUCCUUUCUUUCCUAAGCAUUUACAUUCUAUAAUGUCUUCGAUUAAUUUAAAGAAACUGGAUAUGGUGUUUACUAUUGGUUACGGACGACAGCCGAUUGAAUUUGCUGAAAAUUGGAUCCAUCGCUUUCAAUUACCAAAAGGUGGAUUAUUUUUUGAGUUUCUCGCAGAAUAUCAUUCAUAUUUAGCACAAAGCUUAUCGUUCGAACUUCCUUCUGACGUGAUUUAUUAUUCUCCUGGAUACGUUCAUUUGCAUGCGUAUCUUCUUCAAAUCUGUCUAAAUACCGUAAACUUGUCAGAGCGAAAAUGUCCUACCACUGGUGCAUUUCUCGAAUUUCCUAUAUCAAAAAAUAAUGAAAUUAAUCUAUCGUCUGAAGUACUCGCGAUCAAACCCGCUGUUACUACUACUACAAUUGCGAUGUUACAACAACUGACAGAUCAUGUGAGAGGUUUCUUUGUAGCGGUGGAAGAUUGCAGACAGCAACAGUUAAGACUAUUAGAUGUUUUAGAGUAUAUACUCCAAGGGAUUGGACAGUUCAUUCGCGUUUAUGAAUUUCAGGCAUCCUUUAUGUAUUGUUCUCUUUCGGAAAGCUGGUUUGAGAUUUUUUUUGAUUAUUCACAUCGUCCUAGAGUUUCUUUUUGGGUAGAAGCAAUGAAAAAAUUAGUAGGCACAUCAAAUCACAUGGCGAUAGUGAGGAGCAUAACAUUUAUCUACACGAUAUGGCCUUACUUGGAUCUUGAAGCUAAAGAAAUGAUAAGCCUUCGUUGGUUGUUAGUUCAAAAAACGUUUGAAUACCUCUUCUUGCACCAUUUUUCCCUUGUACGUGCUUAUUUCCAUCGUCUUUUGUGUUGGAGACUACUAAAGGUUGAUGACGAGAGCGAAACUAAACUUAAAGCGGAAAUUGUACUGUGCUUAAAAAGAUUGCUUAAACAUUGCUAUUCCGGGCACAAGUGCUAUGCUCAAAGUUGUUUGAGUGCUUCAAAGUCCAUUCCAACAGUGAAGCCUGCUGCACCUCUUCCAAUGCGACGCUUGGUAAUUGUCGGUAAUUUUGAACCCUCUUCAGAUAAUUAUGAUGAUAGUGCUGAAUUUGAAAUUCCAGGUGAUCAAACUGAAGAGAGCAUUAUGGGCAAUAUAUACACUGACGUUGUAACAAUUUCGAACACUGUCUCGAGUGGCUUAAAAAAGGUUUUUGGUUCGUUUGUGAAUAAUGUGUCUGGAUAUCGUUCAGACGAUGAGUUUUCGAAGCAGACUCCAACGCCAAACAACUAUUUAUUCAAGCAAGUAUUACAAAGCGGGAAAAGACAAAAGCCUCGCCAUCGGUUUGCAUUUAAAACCUCUCCUCCCUAUUCAAAUGGAUCAACAGAAAAUGGAGAAAGCUAUACAACAAUUUUAGAACAUUCAUCCCAUGGAGUACUACCAACUCAAUCGAAGAUUUUAUUGUACAACAGCAAUAAUGCUUCUGCUCAUUUCGCUAAAGCUCCGUUACGUGAUACUUCUAAUAGUAGGUUGGUGUACGCUAGUCAAGCUUUAGUUGAAUGGGCACUAGUGGUUCAGGAAUUCAAUACUUUUUUUUCGAAUCGGAAAGACAUUGAAGAAACGGAUAUUAUAGCCCCUUUACUUACAGUCCGUAUUCCCAAACUUCAUAACCCUGCACAGUUUUAAUGAAAAUAGGAUAUCUAUAUCUAUAAUUUUUUUUAUAUAAUGAUUUAAUAAUUGUUAUACCUUUUGAUUACAUUCAUCAAAAAUUUCGCAGUUUUGGUUCGGUAUCUUAUGAUAGCUGGAAUGCAUACCAUAUAUCAAUCAGUCAAAUUACACUACAACAGUUAGUGGUUUAUUUAUUUCGUAAAGAUUAUUUAGUCGCUGAUAAAUAAAUAUUAUCAUUUACUUUGGCAUUAUUUAG